AUGUCGAAUGUCACAGUAGAGAACGUCGAUCCAACUCUCAUCGACUGGGAUGGGCCUAACGAUCCCGAAAACCCGCAGAACUGGCCGAAGUCACGCAAGUUUGUCAACUUGGCACUCAUGUCCAUCUUGACUAUCAUAUCUCCCUUGGGCUCUUCAAUGUUUGCACCGGGCGUACCAGAUCUCAUGACAGAAUUUGAGACUGACUCGAGCAUAUUGGCAACAUUUGUGGUUUCAAUCUACUUCCUCGGUUUUGCAUUUGGACCCUUAGUCGUGGCCCCAUUGAGCGAGAUCUACGGGAGGGUUUACGUAUAUCACACCGGCAACAUCAGUUUCACAGUGUUCAGCGUCGGGGCCGCCCUUAGCAUCAACGUCAACAUGCUCAUGACCUUCAGAUUCCUCAUGGGUGUCGUUGGGUCAGUGCCUACAACUAUCGGCGUGGGAAGUAUCAUCGACGUGAUGCCACUUGAGAGCCGUGGAAGAGCACUGUCUAUAUGGGCACUUGGUCCUCUGUUGGGCCCUUCACUUGGCCCUGUCAUAGGUGGCUUUCUCAUAGAAAGAGCGGGUUGGAGAUGGGUAUACUGGUUACUCGCAAUCUUGGGUGGUGCAUUUGCUGUUCUAGCGCUAAUAGUCAUGAGAGAGACAUACGCACCGGUGCUUUUGCAACGCAAAACGCAAGCUUUGAGGGAAUUGACCGGUGAUAGCACCCUACGCAGCAAACUCGAUGUUCAUGGGAGCAAACGUCUGAAGAUGGCCUUGAUUCGCCCUUUGAAAUUCCUGCUUGCGACUCCGCUCGUCACCAUUAUUGCAUCUUACAUCGGAAUUCUUUAUGGAACAUCUUACCUCCUUAUUACCACAUUUUCAUUCGUUUACGCCGGUCAGUAUGGGUUUGGAAAGGGAGUCAUAGGUCUCACAUUUCUACCUUCCGGUCUAGGCAUGAUGGUCGGCGUAUUGACUUUCGGGCACAUUCAAGACUUUCUUGUGAAACGGUCGAAGCGAAACAUGCAACCGGGAGAGGUUUAUAGGCCAGAGAUCAAAUUAACACCAUGGCUGACGUUGCCGCUUAGUAUCAUACCUCCCAUCGGGUUGCUUCUAUACGGGUGGACGACACAAUACAAGGUCUUCUUCAUAGUGCCAAUGAUUGGGGUCUUUCUGUUUUCGUUCAGCCUUAGCGGAUUAACGAUGACGGUGCAGAAUUACCAAAUGGAUUCCUAUCCUCGUUAUGCAGCAUCUGCAUCUGCUGCGGUUAUGCUAUCUAGAUCCCUUAUUGGUGCAUUGAUGCCUCUUGGUGGACUAAAGAUGUACGACACAUUGGGCCUUGGUUGGGGGAACAGUUUACUGGCCUUCUUGUCACUGGCCCUUAUUCCUAUUCCUCUGCUGCUGUUCUCGUUUGGGGAGCGAAUCCGGCAAAGAUUUGACCCGGUUCUCUGA